AUGGAUACGACCCGUGUCCUGCUGGGGAUCUGCCUUUUCCUGCUGUUUUCAACAUCUGCCUCACCGGUGACGGACACGGACUUCUGUCCGGAACGCUGCGACUGUGCGCAACCGCGGCACCUCCUGUGCGCCAACCGCGGGCUGCGCGCCGUGCCCAAACCCGCCGCGCGGGACUCUGGUGGCGCGCGGAUCUUCAGCCUCGCGGGGAACUUCAUCCCAAACAUCUCUGCCUCCGAUUUCUCACGGUACAGUAACCUGAUCCGGCUGAACUUACAGUUUAAUCAAAUCUCCAGUAUUCACCCAGAAGCCUUUGAGGAACUGUCCCAGCUGAAGGAGCUGUUUCUGGGUCAUAAUCUGUUAACAGCUGUUGCUGCUGGGACCUUGCAGCCGCUGAAGAAACUCACUGUUCUCUACGGGAAUAACAACGCCCUGAAGAAGAUCACACCAGAGAUCUUCUCCACCUUGGGCCGUCUGGUUAAGUUGCGCCUGGAUGACAACUCAAUAGAAGAUCUGCAAGAUUCUGUUUUUAGAAGUUUGACCAGUCUGCAGUAUCUCCAUCUGGAACACAAUAAAGUGCAUCAUAUCCACAGAGACGCCUUUUCUAAGCUGACCAAGCUGCGUUUUCUCAACCUGGCCCACAACAAGCAGACAGCCCUGACCAACGUGCUCACUUUCUCUCAGCUCCGAGCUCUGACAACCUUACUGCUGUUUGAGAAUGAGAUACAGCACGUCGGAAACAACGUCUUCCAGAACCUUAAAAAGCUAUGCAAGCUCUCCCUGAGCAACAACAGGAUCUCUCGUUUGGACGGUGGGGCCCUGAAGGGACUGUCGAGCCUCAAGGAGUUUCUGAUUGAUGGCAACAAGUUGGAGGAAGUCCCCACUGGUCUCCUGGACCCUCUGGUGCGCAUUGAGCAGUUGGACUUCAGCCGCAAUCGGAUUUCCAACGUGAACUCCACCGCCUUCUCAAAACUGAAGUAUCUAAAGGUGCUGAAGCUGAGCCACAACUUCCUCAGCAGUCUGUCAGGGCAUGCUUUUGCCCUGAACAAUGUGCUUUCUGAUCUGGAUCUUCGUGGCAACAACUGGACCUGUGAUUGUCGCCUGGAGGAGCUGAAGAGAUGGAUGAGUGCGGCUCAUUCUCAAGGAAAACUGUUGGCUGUGUUUGUGCAAUGUCAUUAUCCUGUUACUCUGAGGGGGAGGUAUCUGGACCAUGUGAACAGCUCCCAGCUGCAGCCUCCCGGGAGCUGGAGCCCUUCCUGUACGAGUGGACCCGGGCCUGAGGAGAGCCGGGGUGGACGUGUGCUGAUGAAAGUGGAGGGAGAGAAAAGAGGAGCGUUAUACGCAAAGUUGGACGAAGAGGCAGAAGUGGAUGAGAGAAACAGAACAGAAAUGGAAAAAGCAGAUGGUUUGAGACGGGGGAACAGGGAUGGAAUGAUGAUAAGAAGAGAAGGAGAGAAAAAGAAAAGAGCAAGACAAGAAGUGGAAGGAGACCAAGAGGGGGCAGAACCUUUGUCUUUUCCGAAAGAAACAAACACGGAGCAGCAACGUUCUGCAGAGGCUGCUGCUAAACGCCCCAAAGGAAGACGCAGGUCCAACGUCGUUGUUAAAAUGAAUCCAUCAAGCACUUCCGAGCCAAGUCAUGAAGCAAACAUGUGGUCCAGCACAAGUUCUCCUGCCCAGUUCAGAGAGACGUUUGAUCUUCUGAGAGAUCAAGAAGAGACUGUAAUCACAGAUCCAUGUGUGUUCAAUCGCCACUUCAUCACCAAUGUGUCCGUGGAUGAAGUGACGUCUACUACUGUCGGUAUACACUGGACCAUCAGGGCUCAUCCCCACUACACAUCAGGGCCCAGUACAGGCCUUCAAGAAGUCCACUUCCGGAUUCUAUUUGACAGAUUCGGCACCCCGGAUCGUUUCCCCCGCUACGUCUACGCCCCGGGAGCGGCUCACUCCGUAACCCUUCGAGAGCUCACCUCAGGGGUGACCUACAUCGUCUGCGUGGAAGGAGUGGUUGGAGGAUCCGUGUGCCAAGUGGCACCUCGGGACCACUGCGCGGGACUGGUGACCCUCCCCGAGGAGUUCGGCCGUCGUAGCACCACUCUGACCUCUGACCUCCAGCUGGUGACAGUGGCGACACUGGUGGGGAACGGUGUGCUGCUACUGGUCAUCAGUGGGGUGUGGGUGGGACGGAUCCUCAGGAGGAGGCUGCAGAGAAGGAAGUCGACUGUCCACGUGCGCCACAUGUACUCCACACGGAGGCCGUUUCGUCCCGGCACGGCCACAGCCUCCAUGUCCACAGACUUUACCAGCUACCAGAGCAGCCGACCAGCACGACUCGCUCCACUGGAGGAAGGUGAUCUCAUCGAGUUUCCUUGUGAUCGCUUUCUAGACAGCUGUAGCGCUCGCAGGGACAACAGUAUGCAGAGAUUCUCAGAGUAA